AUGCUGAUUUCACAGUUUCAGUUUGAGGCACUCUGGAGUACGCAGCAGAGAAAGCAUAAAACGUGGCAGGACGGUAGACUAAAGUACAAUGCUUUCAACAAGAAAGUCACGGUCUACGACGAAAACGGAAACGUCGUUAUUUCCGGCUGGUCGGCCAGAAUCCCUUCAGAUGGGGACGAUCUGGAAAUCGAAAACGCAUUUAUACAGGUCGGUCCCAUGAUAAGUCGUCAAGAACGAGAGCAUUCUGCCCGCAAAACGCCGUACAUUGACAAGCCCGCCAAGCGACCGCUGCCCGCAGGCAAUGUGUCUCUGAAUGAGAUCAUCGCCAGAUCAAAGGGGAAACGACCCCCACAAACCAUCCCGUCUCCGCCGUCUCUUCUGUCAGAUACCCAGUUGAAUGCGGACGAAGAUAUCUCUGACGAUGAAGUCACUAUCCUCAAGGUUCUGGAUGUAGAACCGUCAAAAACAGGACCUGUAUAUAUCCCCGAUCAUCUUCCUUCCCAAGGUCCGUGGACGAAGGAAGCGUAUUUAUUGAUGAAUUGGCGUCCUCCGCACGUAAAGGAAGAGCCCGUUUGA